GUAAGACACUAGCAUCACACCCCCAUGCAAACCAGCUCGUAAUCGCGCCCGCAAGGCGAAAAAACUGCAUCAAGUAGCAGAAUUAUAGCGCACUUUCGGCUGCGAGCGGGCACGCGCAUCGCUAGCGACGCAUAGCUGCGGACUGGGCGCCGUACAAAAAAGAGCAGCGACGCAGCGCGUGAGCGGCGCGCGCGCAACGCAGCGAUGCCGCCGCGAAAUUGGCUCGCCGCGCUCGCCGCCGCGGCCGCCGCCGCCCAGAGCCACGACGUCACGCUCGUCACGCAAGCGACGGUCGAGAAGCUCUGGUUAUUCCCGGAGCUCUGCGAGCGCUGGCGUGGGCCGCUGGCGCUGUCGCUGUGGGUGCCGGACACAGCAGUCGUCGAGCAAGCAUAUGCCACCGCGUCGCAAGCGGCGCGAAGCUGCGCCGACGCGACCGACGGCGGCAGCGUCUCUAUACACGUGGAAGUCCAGCGCUCCAACGAAGCGUACCCUGUCAAUAGAUUACGCAAUAUUGGGUUGCGGAGCGUGAACACGUCGCACGUGUUAGUGAGCGACGCGGACUUUCUACCCAGUCGCGGGCUGCGGGACGCGAUUCGCGCCAAGGCCCACUGGCUCGCGAACGAAAAAUUAGCAUUGGUCGUGCCCGCGUUCCAGCGCAAGGGCGGACGAUGCAAGACGCUGGAGAGCUGUCGCGAGCGCCUCGAGCCGCUUCCCACGACUGUGCCGGGCCGAUUCGGCCAGCUGGCGCGUUGUUUGCGAGAAAAGGACUGUCUUGUGUUCCAGGGCGACAACAGCCCCCAGUCGCACGGCACGACCGAUAGCAGUAGGUGGCUCGAGGGCGACGAGACCGUGCGACCGAUCGAAUGCUUCCGCUCGAACCGCUACGAGCCCUACGUUGUGGUCUCGAUGGCGCAGAUGCCGCUCUAUGACGAGCGUUUUGCGGGCUACGGAAAAAAUAAAAUCCAGCACGUCUCGCAUUUGCGGCGGAUGGGUUACUUGUUUGCGGUACUGCCGCGGCAUUUCUUGAUUCACGUGCCGCACCCGCGAAGUGGUUCCAAAAAGGAGUGGCUCAACUCGUACCAGACGCACUCCGCCGUGGACACGCUGUACACGAAGUUCCUGAAAGAGAUCGACGCGCGAUACGGCGCGGCGACGCGUGUGCACCUGUGUUCGCAAGUGGAUGGGGACUUCCGGCGCGCGAAGAGACGGUGGGCCGGAGCUUAAAAUUACA